CGCAUGCUCAGUAGGAAAAAGAAUGCGGACCUACAAGCUGACACAAAUUUAAAUAGUUUGAUAGCUCGCAUGUCAGGAAAAUGUCGAAAACACCACUGCAGUCCAAUUCUUCGGUUGGUUCUGCAACAGCCGUCGGAGUUUCAUCCUCCUCUUCGUCGUCCCCAGCAGGUGGUUCGACGUCUCCCGCGAACGUGCUGCACGUACAGCCCGAGAAGCCACAACAUUACACAUAUCUGAAAGAGUUCAGGACCGAGCAGUGUCCCCUGUUUGUGCAGCACAAAUGCACUCAGCACCGGCCGUUCGCCUGUUUCCACUGGCACUUCCUCAACCAGAGGCGCCGGCGGCCCAUUCGGAGACGAGACGGGACCUUCAACUACAGCCCCGACGUCUACUGCACCAAGUACGAUGAGGGGACCGGCAUCUGUCCUGAUGGGGACGAGUGUCCGUUCCUCCACCGUACUGCGGGGGACACUGAGCGUCGUUACCAUCUGCGCUACUACAAGACGGGCUCCUGUAUCCAUGAGACGGACGCCAAGGGCCACUGCAGCAAGAACGGCCCUCACUGUGCAUUCGCUCACGGCUCACAUGACCUGCGUAGUCCUGUAUACGACAUCAGGGAGAUGCAGGUUCUGGAGGCCCAGGCGGGGUCGGGGUGUGUGGAGGGGGGAGUGUGUGAAGCACAGUCUGGACUGGCAGCCAGCACUGCACUCAUAGAGAGAAUACUCACAGAAGAACCCAGAUGGCAAGAUAACAGCUACGUCUUGUCACACUAUAAAACGGAACUCUGCAAGAAGCCGCCGCGCCUUUGUCGCCAAGGAUACGCCUGCCCGUACUAUCACAACAGCAAGGACCGAAGACGCAGCCCACACAAACACAAAUACAGAGCUCUGCCGUGUCCUGCGGUGAAGCACAGCGAUGAGUGGGGAGACCCCAGCAAGUGUGAAAGUGCGGAGAGCUGCCAAUACUGUCACACACGCACCGAACAACAGUUUCACCCAGAGAUUUACAAGUCCACCAAGUGUAACGACAUGCAGCAGUGUGGGAGCUGUCCUCGAGGACCAUUUUGUGCCUUUGCCCACGUGGAGAAGCCCCCCAUCAGUGAGAGCGCACCGCUCCCGACCCCCACCUCCCCUCUACCCCACGUGGGGGUGGGAGUAGGGGUGGCGAGCAGCAGUAGCAGCUGCAGCGGCGGUGGGGGGCUGGGGAUGUCGUCGGGGCCCGGUGAGGAGCACGGGGUCGUGGGUGUUGGGGUGGCCGUGGCAGAGCAAGGGCUGCUGGGAAGGGUGCUGUGCGAAGAGGCGCUACCCUUGGAGGUCCCCAUGUCACCCUGGGCCAGCGAGGGGGCCUACUGCAGGGCACCCGGAUUCGAGAGGGAAGACCAGGCCAAACAGAAGGCUUUUGCGAUGGAUCGGCACAAAGACAUCGGUCGGCAGCACAGCAAACAGGACCUUCAGGUGUUCCUGCCGGUGGGUAGUCCUCUGAGUUUCUCGUCCAGCGUGUCGUCGAGUCUGGCAGCCACACCCCCCUCUCCCUCCCCCGCCACCCUGGGCCCCUCCCCCGGCAUGAACGCCAACGCCAUGCCCUUCUACCCCCCCAGCGAGACCGUGGAGUCUGUCGUGGAGUCUGCGUUGGAUGACCUGGACUUGAAUGAUUUCGGAGUGUCAGCGCUGGAGAAAAGCUUGGAGAGCAGCUCAUCUCUACCGAGCAUGGGGCUUAUUAUGGGUGGUAACCAGCUCCAGAGCUCCGCUCCUGUCAACAUCCCCGGGUCCUUCACUGGCUCCACCCCCUUCAUCUCACCCUCGCCAUCUCCACCAGUCAGAGCCCACCACUCCCCCUUCCUCACACACCUGUCCCACUCGGGCCAAUCAGAAAACACCUUUCUGGGCCCAGCUCACAGCUCGUUGGGUCUGAAUGGUAUGAGUAGUAAUAUCUGGGAGCAUUUCCCUGUGUGUGGUGGUUCUCCCGGUACACCGCCUGCUCUCCUCCCUCCACCAGGGGGCUCCCUCUACCCAGAGGCAGCAGCAGUGCGCCGCAAACAGGAGAUGGAAGAAGCCAACAGAGUACUCAAGCAGUGGGACCAGAGCUGGAGGCAGAUGGCACAGGCCCAUCAUGAACGCAAACAGCAAGACCAGAGCUGGAGACAUAUGCCACAGUCGUGGGCGGCAACAGAGGCGGAGCGUGAGCGGGCUCGUCAGGAGCAGGAGGAGGCGCAGCGACACGCCAGCGUCCUGCAGGAGGCGAUAGAUAGCAUGAGAGACAACACACACCCACACACACACACACACCCUCACAUGCCGAUGCACACACACCCACACCCACACUCACACAUGCCCCUGCCACAGAGGCUACCCCUUGAGGCCCUAUGCAACCUACAGGCGCAGGCUCUGUACCGGAAGCAGCGUGUGCUGUGUGUGUGUUGCGGGGAGGCGGCGAGUGUAUCGAUGGCGUGUCAACACGGCCUGCAGUGUGAAGGCUGCGCAGCAUCCAGAGAAUGCCCACUGUGCAGCGCGGAGCAACACACACACGCACACACACACCAGCAACAGCAGCAGAACACACACACACCGCCGUGAACACCAUACACAUGUGUGCACACACACACACACACACACACACACCAGCUGAACAAACGCGCACACACACACACACACACUGCAGAAAUUACUCGCAUUCUCACAUUAAUACACUGAUGGACACACACACCCUUCAGUUAACAGAUGUAUGUAUAUAUACAGUAUAUAUCUAUACACAUUUUGCUCAUACUGUAUACACACACACACACAAACAGCUAUCGAUGUGCCGAGAAACACCAGCAAAGUCAGGGUGUUUCACCUUGCCUACACACACACACACACACACACACACACACACACACACACACACACACACACACACACACACACACACACACACACACAACUCAGCUCUCUGUAUGCCAAACCACUCAGAGUGGCAUCUUCAUUCCACAAAAACACAAAACACACACUUAAAUAUAUACUACCAGCAGAGUAUACACACACACACAGACUCACACACACACACACACACACACACACACACACACACACACACACACACACACACUAGCUGAACUACAAAUAUGCAAUAUACACAGCUAUCUAGCUACGUGAAAUAUACAUCACACACACGCUUUACAUGCAUUCUCUCAUCCACAGCAGACAACUACUCUCGCAACAACAGAACACACACACAGGCACACACACACAGAGAGCAGUCAUUCUUUGCUUACCCCUGGCAUCGGGCGCUGUGUUGCAAUGUUCUAGUGUCACCGUAGAGACGUGAGGUGUGAAUAUGAUGAUGUCGCUGUGACCAUGGCAACCAGACGAGUACCGCUAGCUGCUAUAGCGCCAUCAUAACACACUGGCAGCUAACUGCUAUUAUAAGUCACUUAUCCCUCUCAUGCCACCACCAUAGCACACUGGCAGCUAACUGCUAUUAUAAGUCACCAUAGACGCUAGUGUAGCCAGUCUUAACAAGCUUCUACUGUACCGCCGCUACCAACGAACGCUAGCUAAGUCAUCUGGAGUUAAGAGUGCUAAGGUCAAUGCGUCUUUUAUGGGCCCAGACGUCAGGUGGUACAACCACAGGUAAUGCCAAUAAAUGUAUUAGUAAUUGGUCAUUAACGUGCUCCAAUUAAUAUCCUUUUAGACAAUGCACAAAACACAUUUAAUCCAUACAAUAGUGGCAUUAAUUGUGGUUGCACCACCCUGAUGUGUGCAACUGUGAAAAUGUCAAUGACCCAUUUGUCACUACCAUUGGCUCAUGUACUAGUUAAUUCAGUGAGAGGGAGACUUGGCUACGGUCUACUAUGCCGUGGCAUGUUGCAAGCCUUAGCUAAGAUGUUGCUUUGAUAGCCUAUGCCAUUAUUGACUCUAGCGAACUCAUUUUCAGUAGGAUAAGCAGUCCAAUAUGUCACCAUGCUUGUUUAAUUCAGUAUUGCCAAGCACCUUAGCUAGCUUGCUGGUCAUGUAUAUUAGCAUAGAUUAUAGCUAACUCAUAUUUUGCGGCCUGCCAGGGUCUUAGUGAAGCCAUCUGAAGUGUCUCCAUCACGAUUGGCUAACAGUGCUAGCCAAGGCGAUGUUUGCUGAUUGAGUUGUGUGGUGUGUACAAGGGGUCAUCCCACCAUGUCUGCCAGUGUUGGUGUGUGUUUGGGUGCAAAUCAUGUAUCCAGACUCCCGUCUUUUCCACUGUCCUCCCACCUGGCACUUUGUAAUUAACUUAAAGUCAGUUUUAUAUUGGACAAUCAUUUACCGGUGCACUGUGUAGGAUGGUGGGCAGGAAACUGUGCUGCUUAUUGCCAAAUCUUUUCAGGAAUAUUUACCAAAUAAUAAACUAGUAUUUACUAGUAUGGCCAAAGUACAGUUCUACAGCUAAAAUGUCUAUUUUUGGAAAUUCUUGGAUGAAAAGUGCAAUGUUCCCAGUCAAAUUUGAUGGUGGUGGUGAAUAUUUGUGAAAAUGUUAAGCUUUGUCAAUAGGCAGCAUGAAUACAGGAAAGAAACAGCUAUAAAUAUUACACAGUGCACCUUUAUCAUGGGCACAAUAGUCUUUCAAAGUUGGUGUGAUAACAACAGUUAUGCUUCAAAUACAGUAGAUCACAUGUUUAUUUAUAUUUUAAACAUCAAAUGAUUGUCCAAUAUAAAACUGGCUUUACCCAAGUUGACAGCGAGGAGCAAGGUUAGAGGGCAGAGGAAACAAUAUGAAUUUGGAUAAUGAUUUGCACCCUGUCAGUGUCUGUAGAGGGGUAUAGGAUAAUAUAUAGCCACGAUCUUUAGCUUAACACACUGACUACACUAGGAAGUAUUUAGCUAGUUUAUCUUCUUUGAGAUUGUAGUGGUAUUCUGUGUGUAGCAUAUGAAUGACAUUUUUACAGUAGCCGGAGAUUUUUUUGUACGCCAAAUUCUGCCAUUGUUUAGUUUCUUUCUAUUUCUUUUUUAUUAUUACCCUUGAGGCCAUGAUCAUGUUGUUUGCUACUACUCUGUACUUUAAACACACACACGCACACGCACACACACACACACACACACACACUCACACUCUUAAGCUUUCACAUUUCUAUUUUUUGAGACAAAACGUAUCAAAUUGGGAUGAAGACUGUCAAGUGAAGCAUUUCCAAACCCAACAAAAAAGCACAAACAUGUUUACGUUAGUAUUUUGUGGUUGUGGAUUUAAAAAGAAAAAAAAGAAAAGAAAAAAGAAUUUGUACUUAGAUAUGACAUUGUGGCAACUAUGUGCUGAUUUUUACAUAGUGUUGCAUUUCAACCAGUUUCAUAUGAAUUAUGUGAAGGUGCGUGUACACAACAUAUGGAUUAGGUAGCAAAUGAAUGUAUUCCACUGGUGUUGUUGGAUUGGAGACUGUACAAGGUCCAGCUGUCUGGGGUGUGUGUCUUAGGUCUCAUUAUUCAAACACAGCAGUUGGCCCACGUCAGAACCUAACCUAACCAGAACUGAAGCAAAAAAAUAAUAUAUAUAAUUAAUUCCGCAGCUAAACAUUCUCAGAAUGUAGUUUUCUAUUUUGUGAUUGGGGGACCAUUCUAGAAUUUGUAUUUGUAUUUGGAGUUUGGAAUGCUCCGAGGCCCUUCAGAAGCCUUUGCCACGGCAACCCCAGAGAGGUGCACACUUUUCAAAGACAGCCGGUGGGAGUUUUGUCCUAUCUGUUUUCUAGUCUCUUCUAGUUCAACUUUAACAGUUUAUUGCUUUAUAGAAAUCAGUGUAUUUGAUCUUUUGCUUUCAAUGAAUGCAGAAAGGAAAUAGAAAAAAGGAUGAGGUGUCGUCAUCUCUCCAUCAGCUGUGUUGGCCACUCUCAGGAUUUAGUUUUUUCUUAUCCAUAUUAAAAAAUAAAAAUAAAAACGGUCGUUCUGUCAACUGGGAAAAGGCGCAACAUCAGAAGGGACAGGAACAAUCAAGUCACAGCGAAUCAACUCAGCCAUUUCUGUAGAGCGAGAGGAUAUUUGUAUAUAUUUUUCAUAAAAAUAAUGACGUGUCUGUUAACCAAAUAAUCUUUAGGUUUGUUGGAGUUGACUGGCUUUUUUGCGCUCCCAACUUUAUAGUAUUCAAUUUGCUUUGUGAAUACUGUGUAAAACGCUUACUAGACAUAUUUGAGUAAUCCUUACAUGAUGCGCCCCCCUCCACAUCCAAUCAGGAGAGAGUACCAGCCCGAUGUGGGCGUGGUGGUUUGUGGGGAUUGGUCAGUUUUGUCAGAGGAGGCGGGGUGAGAGCUAAAAGGGGCGUGCGGAUUGGCCAGCCAUGUUGGCUAGCGGAGUGUCACUGUGAGUGUCAUCAACACCAGCUCCCACCACCAGAGAGGAGCGAGGCGUCUAUUCCGCUUCUAGAAGGCGUAGUGGGGUUCCACUGGGUUCUAUUCCAGCUCUAGAAGGGCCCUAGUGGGGUUCUAUUCUGGUUCUAGAAGGGCCCUAAUGGAAUUCUAUUCCGGUUCUAGAAGGGCUUAGUGGGGUUCCACUGUGUUCCGGCUGUCUCAGAGCCUCAUGUUUAGAAAUCAGCUCCUCUCUGUGUGCGUGCAUCCCAGCAUGACAUGCCAACUCUGACGCCAUUGUUUUUGUAUAGAACAAUAAACAAAUGUAUAUUUUUG